CAAUUAUUCUCAAACAAUUGUUUUGCAUUUUUUCAGUGGUCGUUCGCUCUCUUUUCUUUUUUGAUAAUUUUUUUGUGAAAAAGUUGUAAAUUUGUGUAAAAUUAUAAGAAAAUCAAGCUGUAAAAAGAUUGUAACACAACAAACACAAUGCUUUCCUUGCUACAGGAAAAGCGACCUUUAAAAAGGGCACGUUUGGGUCCACCCGAUGUCUAUCCGCAAGAGGCCAAACAACGGGAAGAUGAAUUGACACCAUCCAAUGUCAAACAUGGAUUUGCCACAAUGCCACCGCUGGCCGAUGAAUUCGGCACAGCUCAUACCUCCAAUGUGAAUGCGAGUAAAGUUGCAUCAUUUUUCAAUGCCAUUUUGGCGAAAAAGGAAGAGUUGAUGACCUUGCAGGAUACGGUGCGUAAAAAACAACAAAUCAAUUGUAAAGAUAAUUUUUGGCCGGUAUCGCCGCGUACCAAGGGUGCUUUGGAUGCCUGGUUUAAGGAUUUGGCUGGUAAUAAGCCUCUAUUAAGUUUGGCCAAAAAGGCUCCGUCUUUCAAUAAAAAGGAAGAGAUUUUAAUCACCCUGUGUGAUCAUCAGGUGAAUAUGCAAAGGGCAACUUGGUUUAUUAAACUGAGCGCUGCCUAUAUGGUGAGUGUAUCAGAGUCGAAAAAUAAGAAGCGCAAUUCAUUUGAUCCGGUGCCAGAGUGGACAAGUAAUUUGAUAAAAUUUAUGAAAGAUUUACUGCCCAAAUUACAGGAAUACUAUCAUUUAAGUGAAAAGAGUUCUCCUGCCGAGAAGGCUUUAUUAAGUGGUUAUGGAGCACCCUGCACCCAAAACAAUAAUCAACAACAGAAUACCUCUUCAGCGCAUCCUACCAACUCUCUCACCACUGUACCCCAAUCGUUAGCCAGUCCGGUGUCUAUGUUAAGUCCCCACAACAGUCAAUCUUCGUCGGCUAGUGGUUUGAGUUCAUUAACCGGCAGCAAUACUCCCGGUGUGGGCAGUUCUAAUAGUCAAUCUGGUUUGCCGGGAGCCAAUAAUAUGCCCGGUUCUGGUUCUUCUAUAUCAGGCAUUGGCUCUAACUUUGAAGACAGUCGUAAUGCUUUGAAAUAUUGGAACUACUGCACGCAAUUAAGUAAAUACAUGCAUGAGGAGUCACUGCUAGAUAGACAGGAAUUCCUUAAUUGGAUUUUGGAACUAUUGGACAAAAUGCGUACACAAGUCAGCUUUGAUGAAUCUUUAAAGAAAUUAAUUUUAACCUUUGCCCUUCAGUAUAUGCAUGAUUUUGUACAAUCCGAAAGACUAUGCCGUAAAAUGGCCUAUAUAGUAGCUAAAAAAUUAGCUAAUCUAUUGAAUAAUGUUAUAGAACAACAGCCAAAUAGUAAACAAUUGCUACCGGCAGGUAUCACACACAUGGAUGUGGAUGAGGACAGCGAUAAGAAAAAGGCCAACUUGGAUCCCUAUGAAAGCGCCAUUAAUGAAUAUCUAAAUUGUCCCCAUCAUCGUGAUAUUAUAUUGUAUUUAAGCACUAUUUUACAAAUUAUAACCAUUGAAUGUCCCACUGCCAUGGUUUGGUGUGGCAUAGGUGAGAAUCGUAUACCAGCCGCUUUGUGUGGUAGUCCUUUGGAUCAUCUACCCAUAGCACCCUCCGCUUUGCCCAUGCCCUCCAAGUGCACCUUAACAAAUGCUGAAGUGCGUCGCCAGCUUAGAUGUACAGAGGCUGAAAUUGUUUUACGCUCUAAACAUGCUGAAAAUCGUUGGUUUGCUGAAAAAUGGCAAAAUGCAAAUAAGAAUUCUUAUACUCAUGUCUUGUCGAUACUGGAUCAUUUGGAUACUCAUUGUUUUGAUUUAAUGGAUCAAACGAAUUCGAUAGAUUCCUUAUAUGCUAGUAUUUUUCAACCAUUUGUUAGUGUGCGCCGUGAAAUGGGUGCCAAUGGUGAGAUGAAAGAGAUAAGACAAGAAUACGAUGCCAAUACAGUGGAUGGUACAACGGUGAAAAUAUUAUGUGAAUGGGCUGUAUCGAGUCAGAGAUGGGGUGAACAUCGUGCCAUUGUGGUGGCCAUACUCCUAGAUAAACGUCAAAUAGAGGUUACCACCCCCUCGCCCGAAGACAAUAACAAUGGUUUGGGUGGUGGCAACAAUCCAAAUGAUGACAAAGAUUCCAUAGCCUCGGGUGCUGGUCUAAUUGGUGGUCUACCCGUUUUUCAAUCGGUUCUUAUGAAUUUUCUAGAUCAUGAUGCUCCUGUACUCGAUGAAAAUGGUAGUGUAGCCAAUCGUACACAAUUCACAAAUCUAGUACAUCUCUUUAGUGCUUUAAUAAGACAUGAUGUAUUCUCACACAAUGCCUAUAUGCAUACGUUAAUAUCCAGAGGUGAUCUUUUGGAAGGAGCCACAACAGCUACAACAACAAGCGUUGGAAAUAGUUUGAAUAAUAAUAAAAAUAACAAUAUGGCGGUAGUGGGUAAUAGUGUGACAGGACCAGUAUCAAAUAAACCAGUUUCUCCUGCAGUAAAUCAUGGUUUUGAUGAUGAAUUUGGUGCGGGAUUAGAUUUUAAACACAAUGAAUUUGAUGACUCCAAUGUUGACGAUGAUUUGGAUAAAUUACUGCAGAAUAUAAAGGAAAAAGGACAAGCCGAAGCACCCGAUAGUCCCAAGAUACCAGAUCAUAAUAAUAGUGCCGGUUGCAAUGAAACUAACUCCUCCAUAUCGAGACAUUACAUUUAUACCAAACAUUUUCCCAUACCACAAGAUGAUCCCUCCAUGAUCUAUAGCAGUGAAUCUAAUCAACGUUAUAUUUUACUUUUCGGAGUGGGUAAGGAACGUGACGAAAAGAAACAUGCUGUUAAGAAAAUGUCUAAGGAAAUUUGUAAAUUAUUUACUAAAAAAUUUAGUAUUGAUGUGGCCGAAGGUGGUAAAGUAAAGAAACAUUCGCGUAAUGAAUUCAAUUUCGAGAAUACCACUAGUAAAUGUCAAAAUAUGGCUUAUUUUGAUCAACAUGUUGUGACUUCUCAAUGUGCGGCUACAGUUUUGGAACAAUUGAAUGGUUUUGCUGUGGGCAAUAAUAACUAUUUGCCCGUGCAGGAGCAUGUAGCCUUUUUAUUUGAUUUAAUGGAAAUGGCUUUAAAUAUACACAGUCUGCUGGAGUUGUGUGAUCAGAUACUAAAGGAGCUGCCUGAAGUAGAAAAUCAAUUGCAGGCCAAAAAAUCAAAUAUGGUGCGGAGUUAUACCACCUCUUUGGGUCUUUAUAUAGUGGGUAUACUAAGGAGAUAUCACAGCUGUUUAUUACUCUCACCCGAACAAACGGUGUCGGUCUUUGAGGGUUUAUGUCGCAUUAUUAAACAUGUCAAUAAUCCCUGCGAAUGCAGUUCGGCUGAACGUUGUAUUUUAGCUUAUCUAAGUGAUUUAUAUGAAACUUGUUUGAUUUUACGUUCCAAAGAUCAAGAACCGGAAUUUUUCCCUCAAAUGUCUCAUAUUAAAAAGUUUAAAGACAUUUUCAAUCAACCCGAACAAUUGGGCAUGGUACCCCAAUCCUACAAUCCACAAUUUAUGCAAGAUUUUUUGUCUUCUCCCAAGCGUGGUGGAAAAAUUGAUUCAUUAUGGUUAAGACAAUUGCAUGAAUCUCCUGCCAAUAUCUAUAGUUUUGUUUCGAAUGUUAUAUUUGCUGUUUGUCAUGAAACAGAUAAUGAUCGUUUAAAUGAUAUUGCUAUUGCCUGUGCAGAACUAACGGCCGGUUGUAAUUCUCUAUCAGAGGAAUGGAUUGCUGCUUUACAAAGUAUUUGUCAUGCUAUGAAAAAGACACGUUAUCCACAUUUAUGUCAAAUCGAUAUACAAAAUAGUAAAAUACACAAUUCCUUGGCCGUCUUUAUUUGCAUAUUGGUGGCUCGUCAUUGUUUCUCUUUGGCUGAUUUUGUUAUGAAAAUAGCUUUACCUACGCUGGCCAAUGCUUAUCCAGUGGGUGGCGAGAUAACCACAGAUGCGGAAUCGGGAGCCCGUUUAACUUGUCAUUUGGUUUUAAAACUUUUCAAAACCAUAGAAAUACCCCAACCGGGCAUGUAUUCGGUCAGCACCUCUCCCAAUCCUCUAAAUGCCGUCAGCAGUUCUUCCAACAUUAAACUCAGUUGCGAUCGUCAUUUACUAAUAGCUGCCCAUAAAAAUAUACCACUAGAAGCGGUAUUGGCAGUGCUAAAAGCCAUUUUAAUAGUGGUAGAUACCACUGCCUUAAAAACCCCCACCAUGACUGGCAACACUUCGACGGGGGCUUUCAGUAGUGGUGGCAAACGUGGCAGCGGCUUUAAUACGCCAGUUCAUCCAGGCAGUACGCCCAAGAGCAAUGAUCGUCCUGUUGAUAUAAGCCAAAUAUUGGGUACCAGUGACUUGACAAGUUUAACGGGUGAUCAUGAUCAUGAUAUGUCACAACCUUUAUCGACCACACCUUUAAAUCCUUCGGUCUCGGGCUCGGGUGAACAAAUAUCACUGUUAGAGUUUGCCCAACAUGUUCUCAAGCAAAUAUGUGCUCAGGAACAUGUGCUGGAAAGAUGUCUAAAGAAUGCCGAUAAAUUGUGUGACAUGAUUAUCGACGAUAUGUUAACGCCCAAACAGUCACAGUCUAUAUUGCAUAUGAUUUGUUAUUCAGAAGCUGAAUAUAGUAUCAUAUCGGAAAUGGAUCAAAAAUCAAUGAUUGUUAGAAUUCUAGAGAAUCUAGGUCAAUGGACUUUACGCAUAUCAUGGUUAGAUUUGCAAUUAAUGCAUAAACAAAGCAUGAACAAUGGCACUGAAUUGACUGCUUGGUUGGAUACAGUUGCUCGUGCCGCCAUAGAUGUUUUCCUCAUGGAAGAAGUUCUAAUGCCUCAUGGCGGCAAGGCAGAACAUAGACCUAAACCUUCUACUUGGCUAGUGGCACCAUUAGUCUCUAAAUUGACUCCUGCUGUGCAGGGUCGUAUCUUGAGAGUGGCCGGCCAGGUGCUGGAGAGUAUGAAUUAUUUUUCCAAAACUUCCAAAGCAGACAAUAACAGUUCAUGCAGUGGUGAUGAACGGGAAAAGAGUAAUAGUUGUGGCAGUGCCAGCAGUAGUUACAGUAAUGGUUCCAAUAGUGGUACACGCAAUAAAAAGAUGCCUUUAAAUUAUCAACCAUUUUUGGGUCUCAUAUUGACAUGUCUGAAAGGUCAAGAUGAGUAUAAAGAAAAUCUGUUGGUCUCAUUAUAUUCUCAACUAUCGCAAUGUUUGCAAUCUUAUGCUGAGUUUGAUACCAUGGGUGGUGUAGAUGAUCCUUUGGGACGUGAAGAAAUGUUAGAUGCUUUACAGUUGCGUUUUUCCCUAGUGGGUGGCAUGUUUGAUUCUAUACAAAAGAAUGGCACUUCAAUUACAGAUUGGGCCAUACUUUUAGCCCAAUUGGUGUGUCAAGGUGUAAUAGAUUUAAGCACAAAUCGGGAACUUUUCACCACUGUGGUGGAUAUGUUAACCACUCUAGUACAUUCCACUUUAGUAUCGGAUGGUCAGUCGGAACGAGAUGAAAAAUUCUAUUCAAAUUUAAUGAAAAAAUUGAAAAAAGAAAUUGGUGAAAAGAAUAAUGCCUCCAUUAAGGUUAUAAGACAAUUACUGCCGCUUUAUAAGCAUCAGACAGAGGUUAUUUCUUGUGAACCCGCGGGUGUAGAUCAAAAAGGCAAUAAAAUCAAUGAUAUGGAUAAAAAACAAUUAAGAAUUUCCGACAAACAACGCAUUUCUGUGUGGGAUAUUUUAGAGGGUCACAAAAAUCCUGCACCCUUGUCUUGGGUAUGGUUUGGUGCCGUUAAACUAGAGCGUAAACCUUUGACCUAUGAAGAGGCUCAUCGUAAUCUAAAAUAUCACACCCAUAGUUUAGUAAAACCCAGCAGUUAUUAUUAUGAACCUUUGCCCUUACCGCCGGAAGAAGAACCUGUACCCGAGAAAAUAGUGACACCUACACCUUUCUUGCAGAAGGAUGAAAUGAAAGCAGACACUCCUUCCUCGGUCGAUCAAUCUCCUAGCGCGGUGGUUAGUGGGCGAGGUCGCAAAGGCACCACACGCAAACGUAAACCUAAGAAUCCUAAAACGCCGCCGGUAAAUACUCAACAACAGCCUCCCUUAGCCGGACAACAAACUCAACCGGGUGCUCAACAGACAGCAAAUCAACAACAGCAGCCCCAACAGCAGCAACUGGGACAACAAACACAACAGCAACAACAAGUAACGCAGCAGCAGCAACAGAUUAAUCCUCAACAGCAAAUGGGUCAAAUGCAAAUGAAUAUGCAAAUGGGUUCCAAUGUCAAUAUGCAACAAUUCAAUCCCAAUCAAAUGAUGCAACAAAAUCCCAAUGCCAUGAUGCAGCAACAACAAAUGCAGGGUGUACCCGGCAAUAUGCAACAGCAAAUGAAUGUUGGAAACCCGCAACAGAAUCAACAAAUGAAUUUUAUGGGUCCGGGUGGUGCUCAAAGUAUGCAACAGGGUGGUAUGAAUCCUCAACAGCAACAGUGGCAAGGACAAAAUCAAUUCCAUCCCAUGCAACAACAACAACCACAACAGCAAUUCUAUCAGCAACAGCAGAGUAUGCAAAUGAAUCGUUUCGAACGUCCCCAAAUCAACAACUCCAAACAGGCUCUACAUAAUAUGCUGCGCCAGCGGCAACCUACAUUCAAUCAAAACAAUCCCUCCUUCAAUCCCAUGCAACAGCAGCAACAACGUCAAGGCCAGGGCAUGCAACCGCAACAACAACCGGGCGCCAUUAAUACAGUACAACAGCAACAACAAUUGCAACAGCAGCAAUUCGGACGUACUGGAAUGAGAACUAUGGCACCCAAUCAAAUGCCCGGAGUGGCGCCCAAUCAAAUGGCACCCAAUAUGAAUGCCGUGGGUAUGGCUGGACAAGGCAUGGGAGCACAAAAUCCCAUGAUGCAACAACAAAUGUCAACGCAGGGCAUGAAUCCACAGGCAACGGCACAAAUGGGUAUGAAUCAAAGUGGCAAUAUGAUGGGUGCGGGUAAUGCCAACAAUCCGAAUGCCAUGAUGUCGGGACAAAGUAAUACGGGUAUGGUAAAUGCGGGGGCAAUGAUGCAACAAAAUGUGGGAGUGGCGGGUGUAGGCAAUGCAAAUGUUAAUCAGGGCAUGGUUAAUGCGACGGGACCAGGGCAAUUCCAAAACUUCAAUCAAUACCAACAGGGUAUGAGUCAAACGGGCGGUCCCAAUCAACAGGCCAAUCUAAUGGGUGGCUUUAAUCAAAUGAAUCAACGUAGUAAUCCGGCAGAAUUUAUGGCUCAACAGCAAAGAGGACCGGGUGGUCCUAUGGCAGGCAAUAGAGGUCAGUAUAUGAAUCAAACACCCAAUGUUACCAUGAACAAUAUGAUGGGUCAGGGUGCGGUGCCGCCUUAUCAAAGGCAACAAUCAACGGGUGGUAAACCAGGUGUACAACAACAACAAUUCCAACAGCAGCAGCAACAACAGCGUAUGCAACAUCAAAUGAUGCAAAUGCAAGGCAUGGGACCGCAGAGUAAUGCUGCCGGUGGCAUGGGCCAAGCUCAAAAUCAGGCCCAACAACAAAAUCCCAAUUUAGUGGCCCAACUACAACGUCAAAUGCCCAAUCAACCCAAUAUGAUGGGCCAACAAUACCAACAUCAACCACCGCCUUAUUAGGCCAACAUUAACCGACACACAACCCCCACACACCCUCGCCCCUCCCCCCCCACAAACAAUUCAAUAAUUGUCUUUUCAUUUCAAACAAAACAACAAAUACAAACUUGUAAUUUAAGUUCACUUAUUUAGUUUUUUAGGUUUCAACAAAUUUAUAUAAACACAAGAUUUUUUUUUUGAGAAAAUAUUUAUACAUAG